GUUUAUUUCAUCUAUCUGUAGGUUUGGAAUUAGGAUUUAUCAACUGUUUUCACAUAUUGUUAUGUCACAUUAUAACAAUAUGCUUUCAGGUGUGGGUAAGAGUUGCCUUCUAUUACGUUUCUCUGAUGGUUCUUUCACCACCAGUUUCAUUACUACCAUCGGCAUUGACUUCAAGAUAAGGACCAUAGAGCUGGAUGGUAAACGGAUCAAACUGCAAAUUUGGGAUACUGCUGGGCAAGAGCGAUUCAGAACUAUCACAACUGGUAUGCUCAUGAGCUAUGCACAAAUAUGCAAUCCUCCUCUAGACAUGAGCUAAGAGAAUUCACUAUUU